GGCAACUCUGCAUGGGUUGCUGGUUGCAACUUGGUAACUCGGCGCUCGGGAGUUUAGUGCUGAGAUGACUCUAUAAGAGGGGACUGCUACGGUCUCUCACCACACUCCGCCUCUUGUAGCAGUCAUGGGAGUGACUUAGAGGAACCAGGAACGCGCACUGGCUCACUCACUGGCACUACUGAAAAGAGUUACGCGCUGUGUUGUGGAGUGUUGUGCUGCGCCGAGGACGCUCGCCCGCCCUGAGCGAUGCCUCGGAAAUCUGCAUGUUAUACACCUGAACAGAGAGCAGAACCAUCAGUGUUGCGAGUGCAGAAGACGACCUCAGUGAAGCGCUGUGCGAUGAAUAUUACCUGCUGGUGCAGUCUAGCUCCAAGUUUAUAAUUACCUGAAAUUCCCCGCUCAAGACAACCAACCACCUACCUGAGACCUCAGGUUGCCCACCACAGGACGCCGAUCCCAACUCACUCUACUCCCGCCCGUACAAAUUGUUCCAGUGGGACGGUCCGGUGUCGACGCGCUGCCAUACCACACCGACGGGAACCUCAGCCAAGCAUUAACCGGGCGUCGGUCAGCUUCCUACAGCGUCGCGCCCUUGAUUCCAUCCCUCCUGAUCGAGUGUAUUGCAAAGGGCAUUUAAGGAAGAGAAUAAUCCCAGCCAACGGUUCAAGCUUCUAGAGUGUACAAAUCUCAGCAACGACACCAACUAACCCCACAUUGCAUCCUCCCCUUCCUCCCGCAACAAGAGGUGCUGAGACGACCACGGGCUCUUUGUGUACCCACCAACAAUAGCGGGGCGCCAACUUCAACCCAGCUGUCAAGUUUAUUACCCAGUAGCCUAGAAGACGACCGACUUGUCACAUCCUACACGUAACUCGCCUCACUCAGUACCUGAAUGACAAAAGGACGUGGUGCUGCCUCAAGACAGUUGAAAUGAGAUAACUAUAAAUACAUAUACAUUAGAUAAAUAGAUAGUUCAAGAUCUUAGAAUUAGAAAACAAGUUCAGUGAAGCGCUAUAUCUGUAUCCAUAAACUUUAUUUUUAUUCACUCAAGAUUAUCUCGUGUACCAAUAGGAAGAAACUUAGCCAAGCUGCCAAUCUUUCUGCCUCACAACAGGGAGGAAAAAGAACAGUUUUGAACCCCUGUAGCAAGUAUAUACAUCCUAGUGAAGUCAGUUUCUCAGUGAGUGUCGUGAGAAAAAGACAUUAUAAAGUUUCCUCCAAAUAAGCCAGCAGUGUUGUAUUGUGUUGCGUCUGAACCAUGCGAAUCCCAUUGGUUCUACGGUGGUGGCUGCUGGGUGCGGCCGCCGCCCUUAGUACCUGCCUCACCUCGCCCGCCCUUGCCAACUUUCUCCAGGUUCCAGAACUCAACUCCCUGGGCCUGGGCUUUGAGGUGCUCCCGCCAAUGUGCACCAUCACAAUGAAAGAACAAAACACGACCAUUCCGUGCAAGCCAAUCCAGACUGAGCACGGCGUGGCCAAUGUUACAUGGGUCAGAAAAUCAGAUAUUGUCAACGACGCCCGCCGCUACGUGCUGCCCAAUGGGUCGCUCUUCAUCAGUAAUGUGGAGGAGGAUGACCGGGAAAUCUACCGCUGCAUCCUCACAGCAGGCAACUACAGCGUCACCUCCGCCUUCGCUUACUUGCUGUUUGCAGGCACAGGCGUGUGGCAGAUAAAGCCAAGAAACAACACGGUGGAGGAGGGUCGUGCUGUCCGUCUAACUUGCUACAUGGCCUCCUUGCCUUUGGCUUCCUACAUCUGGCUCAAAAAUGACGCCCCGCUGCCAAUAAACAAAACCAGGUACUACCAGCCCAAGCCCGGGGUGCUGCAAAUAACCAACGUGCAGUUCCAGGACCAAGGCAUGUUCAGGUGUAAAGCAAUCAAUGACAUGCUGGAAGAGGAGUUUUUGAGCAGUGGUGGCUACCUCACUGUGGUCCCUCGCAGAAAUGAUGAGGGGCACCCUUUCCAGCAUUCGCUCCUUGCCGUGCCAUCCAAGGUGGAGGUUCAUGAGGGGGAGGAAGCGGUGCUGGAAUGUAUCACUGACGACGAGGAGCCGGACCUACACUGGACGAGGAUAGAUGAGACUCCCAUCGCGAAAAACAGGACGAUUAGAAAGGGUCAGGGUUCCCUGGUAUUUCCCAGCGUCUCAGAACAAGACACAGGCGUCUACAACUGUACCGCCGUCAGCAAAAAGAGCAAGGAGCCGACCAGCACUCAGAUGAUCGAGUUAACUAUGAUGACGCCGCCGAAGGUUCAGCUCUCCAUGACCGUCAGUAAGCGUCCUGCUCCUCUCAACACCAACGUCAGCAACGGAGAGACAGUGCGGAUCACCUGCGCCACAUGGGGCACACCUGCACCAUCCAUCUCCUGGUACAAGAAUGGAAUCCUGCACGUGGAGUCUGGCCGCCACAAAUACACCAAUAAAAAUUUAACUAAAACCUUUAAUUCGGAGGACUUGUUCAUUGGCAUCAUCAUGUCUCCCGACACAGGACUUUACCAGUGUGUGACCAGGAACAGAGCAGGUGUGGCCUCUGAUGCUUUCAUUCUUAACAUUCCCAUGGUGGAAAAUUUACCCUUGCCUCCCGUCAACGUGAGUGUAGUAGCACUCACUCCUUACUCUGUGAACGUGAGCUGGACGGCCUCACCUGAUAACAAUGUGUCCGGAUACAUCAUCAACAUCAUAUCAGACAAGCAUGUAGUGGAAUCGCAGUACCUCACCAACAAGACUUCUGCUGUGGUCGAGAACAAGCUUCUGCCGGGCAACACUUAUGUCUUCUACAUCAGGUCCUUCCUUAUCAAUGAUGGAUUAAAAAAGGGACUGUUCAGCGAGGCUUCGAAUUAUGCUACUGUCAAAAUGAAAGAAGACGCUCACCACGCAAAUAAAAUAUCGAUGCCAGUGGUGAAUCUCUACCCUAAAUCACCCACCGAACUGUACGCAAACUGGACCCUAGUGGAGUGCAAGAAUAAAUGUGCCAUCAUAGAGCAGAACAUUCAAUGGAAGAAGAAAAGAAAACACUACCACUUGGAGAAGUAUUUGCUACCAAACGUCACAGAAUACACUAUUAAUGAUCUGCAACCAAACAAAUCUUACAAAGUGAGAGUUCUGGUGUCCACCCGGUCUGGCUAUCCACUACACAUGAUUCAGCUGCCCUGGUACACUAUCAGGAUGCCACCCAGCAGCUCGGACUUACCCCAGGAUAAUGUUUUUCUCAUUGUUCAUCUCUCCACUUGCAGCCAGAGGCCCACCGAGGUCUUGGUAAAUUGGACGCUAGACGUCUCUCUACAGAAGGAUCUUGCCAGCUACAAUGUGUUGUACAACACCUCCACCUCCGUCUGGCAAAAAAAGCUUCCAACGACCGAAACUUCCGUAACACUUACAGAUCUAGCUCCGAGGACAUGCUACGGCGUGAAGGUCCGAGCCGUCUACGGCACCGGGCAAAACACCACCGACUCUCACCUGAAGACCAUUUGCACACUGCCACAGCCUCCCUACAUCCUCUCCCAACACUCCAACACCAACAAGAUCAAAGUGAAGAAGCUCAGAACAAAGGUCCUCAACACCACCAGCGUGCGCAUCACUUGGAAACACACGCCGCAGAAGAUCAUGGUUGACUUCUACACCAUCAGGGUCGAAAAUGUUGAAUCAAACCCGGAGAGCCAGACGGAGCCACCAGAAGACAAGCAGGAUGAGGUGAAGGAGUUGCAUUUGAAGAUCACGGGAAGAGCUGCUCGCAGUCCACAGCUGACGAAAUUCGAAGACUCCCAAGACAUGGACAAUGAGGUCAAGCUGUACCGAGUCACCAACCGGAAACUGACGGUGACGAAUCUGAAGCGGGACCACAACUACAAGGUCAGCGUCACGGCCUCCACCACCACCCUCACCGGUCACUCUGCUAUUGCCUAUGUCACUCCAGAUGAAGGAGUUCCCACGGCGCCGCUGAACGUGACGUGGGUUCCUGCAAGUCCAAAAGAUGCCAUUCUCACCUGGAACCCUCCACGCCUCAUUAACGGCCGUCUAGUGCACUACUUGGUGAAGUUUUCUCAUGAUCAGCAGGAGUGGCGCAACCAGACCGUCCCUCCUGAUUCCACCACCACUCAGAUCCAAGACUUGGUAUCUAACACCAAUUACACGGUGCACAUUGCUGGGAAGACAGGGAAGGGCGUGGGGGCCUCAACCACAGUCUACAUCUACAUCCGGGCGACCCUGGAACGAGAACCGCAUAGAAAUACUGAGUUGGCAGUGAUCAGCGUGGUGUCCUUCCUGGUGGUAGUAACCUGUGUUGUAGCAGUCUUGCUCUGCCUCAGGAUUCUACAUCUCCGAAACAACUCUCCGUCAGUGUUCCAGGGUAAUGGGACAUGCCGCAUGGUGUACGCCAAUGGGGUAAAGUCCUCAGGCAGGGAUCAUGGAACAGAACCUGAUGAUUACAAGCCCAUGCUAGCCACUCUACCUCCCGCCACACAGAACCAGCACUUAGACACGAAGGAUGAUGGGACAAGCGAGGGCAUGGAACCUUUGCGGGACGGUCUCAACCACCACAGAAUGCUGGACACCUUGGAUGACAUUGACGAUGCUGAUGACGGCUCCAAGAGAUUGCUGCAGACCGUGUCCACAACACAAGCGGUAUUUUCCAAGAAUAUGAAAGAAUUCAACCUAAGGUCUAUGUAUAACUCCACUCAGGUUGACCAUCACUCCUCACCUGAUGGCGCUGGGGUGGCCCUAGCAGUUUCCUCCUAGAAUUGCAUUCACGGGUGAAGGCACGGGUUUAGAGAGUACGAGUUGGGAUCUGAGGAGUCCCAUCCAAGUAAGAAAUAGAUGAAUAUGGAGAGGUAGUUUGAUUUGUGGCAUGAUAUUAAGAGUAAUACUUAACUUUGGUCAGGGUUUACUUGUUGGUACUAAUAUGAGACCUGGCCAUCCCGAUGCCACACCAAGUAUUGCCCACUAUCAUGUGUCCGCACUUCGUGUGAUGAAAGUAUCCAUUGAAUGGGGAGUUUUCAGAACUAAUCCAUCAGAUGUCGCUACUGCAUGUCCCCUAGUGACAUGAGCUAAAAUAUUGUUAUAGUAAAUCCCAGGUGCAUACAGAUGCAUAGAACAUUGAUUUUUAUGAUAGUAUUGAAAUUAUUUAUCUACUUUUAGAUAUCCUGUGUAGACAAUUUUCGGAAAAGUUAAUCAAAACAUUAUAUUUUUGUGUGAUUAUCUAGUAACACUGCUAUAGAUAUCUUAAAUACUGCAUAAAAUCUACUGAUUUGAAUAAUGAAAAGGGUGAAAAUUUGACUGUACUGUAUAGAAUGGCACAACAUACUCAGUAACAUCGUGAUAUUUGGACAUAGUUAUUUUUGUUGGUAUUUUGGCUUCGCUUUCAUGAGACGAGCGACGCGGCAAAGUAAUCGAGCACCAAAACCAACAUCUCUCAGGACUGGCCUGGAGUGACAAAACAGGACUAGUACGUGAAACUUUCCUCCUCAUGGCGUAGCGUCAUUGACACUACAGCAGGAAUUAACUGGUUAUCCAUCAAUAUGUAAAGUUCAACUAAGGCAGACCAGUCAAACAAAUAUAUGUUUAUUUGGGUUGGAAACAGCGAUACCCUCGCCAGGAGUUGCCGAUUCUUAAUCAAAAUUAUUGUUUCCAUUUACUAGUAAGUUGAUCUACGUCACUAGGACUUUUAAGUGACAAACGUGUUAUCUUCCCAGUUACACUUCCAGUCAACGACGUACGUACUUGUUUGCAAAUCUGGAGAUAACCAAAUGAAUUUAAAUGCCAAUUUACUAGAAAAUCAACUUAUAUACAUUUGUUUAUGAAUAGAGUUCGAUUUUACCUGUGCUAAUAUAGAGAGAGAAUUACGGAGAAAAAUAUAUCAAAUAUGUUCAUAGCAUCUUUAUGUAUAUAGAAUGACACUAUAGGGAGAUUUGACAAUGCUCUUAUGCUUCACAAUCAGACAUUUCUAGUGUUGCCACUUCGUGACACUUACUAGUUCUGAAAACUCCCUAUUGAAUUUCGUCGGCUAACAAAAUGGUAUUGGGCUGAAUUAUAUAUAUAUAUAUAUAUAUAUAUAUAUAUAUAUAUAUAUAUAUAUAUAUAUAUAUAUAUAUAUAUAUACACUUCACAAGCAGUGGUUGUUAACACUUCACAUAGCAAUCAAAAUAAGGACAUUGGUAAUGCCUUUCAUGAAAAAUGGCUUACUGGUUUGAGGAUUCAUCUGUUUCUCGUAUAAGAAGACUUUUCGGGAUAUACAUAUAUACAUAUAUGUAUAUAUAUAUAUAUAUAUAUAUAUAUAUAUAUAUAUAUAUAUAUAUAUAUAUAUAUAUAUAUAUAUAUAUAUAUAUAUAUAUAUAUAUAUAUAUAUCGGUUUUGCCAUGCCCCAAUCCCAAGCCAGGUCCUAGAAGCUUUAGACGUGAAAUAGACGACUUUUCAGAACAAUAAUCCUGUUGUCACAUCCGGUAUGGCCACUUUCCUGGUUUAGAAUGCUUUCUGAAGGGGCACCAACCACUGCGAGUCGCUGCACUGCAAGCUAAGCCCAAAACUCUUCUUUAUUCCAAACAUAGAUACAUAAGUGAUAGUUUUAUAUCACUUACAGAAAUCAAGUCCCGAGCCCCCUCUACUACUUUUCAAUACACACAUUCUCCAUAGGUCAAGAUUAGGAACUUGUACAGGAUGACCAAAAUACGUAGAAUAGCAUAAGAAAUUAUAUUAGUUAUUGGUUAUACUGUAACACGGACUAGUCUGAGCUCCCUUGCUACCAUUAUUUCCUCGACUUUCUUGUUAAAGUGAAUGGAGACUUAUUUUUCAGCACCACGUUUUGCGUUACAUUUAGAAGGCUUCGUCACCUCAUGUAGAUAAGCUGAUUUAUAGCAUUGAUUUAUAGAUGUACUGAAGAUUGAUAGCCGAUGGGUUGGCGUUGGGCUGGGAUUGUUUUCCCCGAAGCAGUGUGUUCGUCCAACUAUGAAUAGUUUCCCAAAAAAUUUUCCUUGGCUAUAUGUAGUGAGUAGCAGGUGCGUGGGCGUAUGACGUGAUACUUUCUCUACCUUUGUAUCCUUGUGGAAUUUAUUUUGUUUUCCAUAGAAUAUUUUUUAUACAUUAUGGGAAGGAAGAAAAAAAAAUGUUUCCUACAGAACCUAAACUAUCACUUCCUCGUAUCUCCAUUACAGAUGUCCCCGCGCCAGUCUGACCCAGAGGCACACCGUCUUGUACCAUAGUGUUUUCAUACCGUACAGUACUUCUUUCUAGGUUUAAGUUCAGUUUCACUUAUUCAUCAUAGGUCGAAUUCGUUACUUUUUUCCGCAUAGUUGUGCUGAGUUUGGCGUCUCUGAGCAGCGUCCACGACGAGCCAUGUUCUUAUGGUGGUGAGAUCCCAACACUUGGUGGGAGGCGAGAGUUCUGACCUGGACGAAUUCAAGGAUGUUUUCAGGGUGACUUAAAGAUGUUCCAUGUUUCAAAUCUCACAGAAAUGCCUCAUACCGUAGUUAGAAUUUAUUGACAUGUAGCCUCAUAGUAUAAAUACAUAAAAUGUCUCAGGAAAGCCAGGUUAAGAAGGAUAAUUACCUGGCGUAAGGGAUGACUUGUUCACCUGCAUUGCGUUAUAUAUACUGGGAAAAUACUUGAUAUUAUUAAAUCAAAGAAAAUGACGCAUCUUAAAACGACAGACAUUCGACCAGCGCAGCCUCUCACAAGUUACUGCCAAGCACCAUUCUCUUAAACCACUCCUAAACCAAUAAAUUACAUUUCUUUUCCUGUAUCCAUGAAGGAAUAUGCACCUUGCUGCUGAACAUUUCUUAUUGUAUCCACACUCUAAAGACUUUCCUACCUGAACAUCUGACUUCACGUUAUGAGGGUUUUCUGCUCCUCCUGUAGGGACGUCUUCCCGGGAGUCGAGAAUGACCCGAGUGGCCGUAGUACAUAUAUAUAAUAUUGUCUUACGCGAGAACUGGAUCCCGUAUGGCGGCAAACCGACCACCACUGGAGGGUAUCCAUGUUCAGCUGAUAAAUGACAUUUCCAAGAAAAAAAAAUGUGACCACCAUACACAGCAAGUUCAAAUAAUGCCAUUUUUAAAAUACAGGCUCAACAUAUUUAUGCCUCUUGGCAUGUACAAGUUCAUACCACUUUAUAACCUCUUUAUAAUGACAUUUGAUAGUUCCAUCCUGAUGUAUGGCUCUUGUGUACCAGUAAAUACUUAAGAUUUUUCUUUAUUACUUAGAUUUCAGAAUGACAACAUUUUCCUUCAAACAUGUACUCCAUUUUUCUUUUACUAAGAUAGCUGUGUAUAAUAUAUGGUCUAGUGGAGAGGAAUGAAACUUAUGUCCAAAGUGUAUUUCAUUAUCUCGUAUAGGGUUCAGAAUAAAGCAUAUAUGAAAAUGAGAUUCCGUAAACUCGGAUCACACUUCCUGCGAAAAUGAAUCAACUGAAUGAACCGCUUCUGUAGUAUAAGUGUGUAAGACUGUGUCCCAUGAAUGAAUGGGAAGGAACACAGCUGAAUGGGAUGAACAGUGUAAGAGCUCAGCUAAGGUUAAAUCUGUGAUUAUUUCGCCUUUGUAAUGUAGAUGAUGAAAAGAAAAAGGUCAUGUUCUUCUAUAUUUGAGAAGUUGUUAAUCAUGUCAUGCAGUUCUAUAUUUGAAAAGCUGCCAAUCAUAAUUUGUAGGAGAAUGUAUUCUGAAUCCUUCAGUGUAAAUUGCUGCCGUCAGUUGCUGUGUAAUGUUAGGGAUGAACUGUAUUUCCCCUGCUUGGAAUUACGUGAGCAGGUUGGCUCGAGAGUGAGCGAGCCGAGUGAAAGAUGUGUUACUACUAUGGCUUUUUGUUAGAGCCGCCAGUGUUUUACGUGUUUCUUAAUGUUGUAAGCAAUUUCUUUCCUUCGGUAUAUUAAAAAGGUCUAUGUCAAGGCAGAAGUGGUCAGACCGGUAGUGUAAGGGAGCAGGGCAUUGCCGAGGAACACUGUGAAGUCUUCAGCCUGUACUCGUAUGUAAGACUUGAAGCAAUGUCGUGUGGCGAGAUCCUCGAUGAAGCUCCAGCUAGUGCUACCCUCCCUCCCACUGAAUGGCCGGAUGUUGGUCAUAUGGUACCUACCUUUCCAUGGGAAGGCACCAGACCUCACCUGCCGUGAUGUCCUCUCAUUUUUCCCUCCAGGUGUGUCAUGUAUCCUGACAAGACCCACCAAAACGCCUCUCCUGCCUUCAGCGUCCAGUGAGGCUCCACCGCGCGCCAGUCCAUCAGAGUAGCUCAACGUAGUGAUCCGUGUGUGCCUUAAACCGGUCAAACUUCAGCGUGAGGAACUCAGUUGGUCGCGUAGUUCACUUUGUUAGGAAAGUUAUUUUGAUGUUUCAU